AUGGAUAAGAUAGGUUUUUGGAAUAUAAGGGGGCUUAAUAGCCCUGUGAAACACCCAGAAGUGAGGUGGUUUUUGAAGAGUAAUAAAAUAGGGCUGUGUGGCAUAUUGGAAACAAGAGUGAAGUGUAGUAAUUUUCCUAAAAUCUUUAACAGUGUAUGUGAUGGGUGGAGUGUGGUAACUAAUUAUAGUAAUCAUAGAGGAGGUAGAAUUUGGGUUAUAUGGCUACCACAGAUGUUUCAAGUGAACAUAAUUGAGUGUCACACUCAAUUUAUUCACUAUAGGGUGGAGCAUAGAGCUACAGGAAGGAAGUUCUAUGUUACAUUUUUAUAUGGAAUGAAUGAAGCAUCUGAUAGAGAGGAUUUGUGGAUAGAAUUACAGAGGGUUAGUACUCAGGUGAGAGGUGCAUGGAUGGUUGGGGGAGAUUUUAAUAAUGUGUUACACUUGAAUGAGAGAAUAGGGUCUCCUGUUACUUUGAGUGAAGUUGAAGGAUUUAGAAAUUGUAUGAGAGGGAGUGGGUUGAAUGAGCACAAAACCACUGGGGCUAAGUUUACCUGGAGCAAUAAGCAGGAAGGAGGAGAUAGAGUCUACUCCAGAAUUGAUAGGGUGAUAGCAAAUGAUGAAUGGGAUGAGGUUUUCAGAAAUGCUAUUGUAAAAUUUUUGCCUGAAUGUAUUUUUGAUCACAGCCCUUGUGUGAUAAGCUUUGAAAAAGAUGAAUGCCACAAACCAAAAGCCUUCAGGUUUUUCAACAUGUGGACUCAUGCUGAGGAAUUUAUGGACAAGAUACAGGAAGUGUGGAGAGAGGGUAUAGAUGGAGUGCUUAUGUUUGUAAUUGUCAAGAAGCUGAAAGGGGUUCUAAAAGAGUUGAAUAGGGUGAGAUUUUCUAAUAUAGAAGUUGCUGCUGAUGAGGCUAAAGAACAAAUGCUGACACUACAGGAGGCAUUACAUAAUGAUCCUACAAAUGAGCGAAAUCAACAGCUUGAGAAUGAAGCCAGGAUAAGAUACUUUGAUUUGUACAGAGCCAAAAGUAGCUUCCUCAAGCAAAAGGCUAAGCAGGAUUGGCUCAAUAAAGGUGAUAUGAACACUAAGUACUUUCAUGCAUGCAUUAAGAAGAGAAGAUUGCAGAAUCAUAUUUAUAGGAUAAAAGACAAGCAAGGGAAUAUGAGAGAGGAUAGGAAGGGCAUUGAAGAAGCAUUUAUUGAAUACUACAAGGAAUUGUUGGGCUCAACUCAUGAGAUGAAAGGGCAUGUAAGUCAGAUAAUUAUUCAAGAAGGCAAGGUGCUAAGUAGGGAUCAGCAGAUUGAAUUGUGUGCAGAAUUUACUGAUGCUGAUAUUAAAGCAGCACUUUGGGAGAUUGAGGACAACAAGGCACCUGGGCCAGAUGGGUACAACAGUUACUUCUAUAAAAAGGCAUGGCCUUGUGUGGGCCAGGACAUAUGUGCAGCAGUGAAGGAGUUCUUUCACUCAGGUAAACUUCUAAAGCAGAUUAAUGCCACCAAUAUUUGCUUGAUUCCAAAGAUAGAGCAGCCUACAGAUGUCACACAAUUUAGACCUAUAGCAUGCUGCAAUGUACUAUAUAAGAUUAUUACUAAAUUGAUGUGCACAAGGCUUGCAGUAGUACUUCCAAGCCUCAUUGCUGAAGUUCAAAGUGCUUUUGUGGCAAAUAGGAGGAUUAUGCAUAACAUUUUAAUUUGCCAAGACAUGUUGAAGCACUAUAAAAGGAAAUCUCAGCCUCUUAGAUGUACAUUCAAGAUAGACUUAAGGAAGGCAUAG